CUUCACCAUUGCUCUGCAACUCAGAACAGUAACUGCUGGGACCGCCUUGGGAAGACAAUGAUCCUACACACAUCUCUGAUGCUCGGGGCCCUUGCCCUGGCCACCACGGUGGGCCCCUGUGGAGGGGAAGACAUUGUGGCUGACCACGUUGGCUCCUACGGCAUAAACGUCUACCAGUCUUACGGCCCCUCUGGCCAGUACACCCAUGAAUUCGAUGGAGAUGAGGAGUUCUACGUGGACCUGCAGAGGAAGGAGACCGUCUGGCGGCUGCCUGAGUUUAGCAAAUUUACAAGUUUUGACCCACAGGGUGCACUGAGAAACAUAGCUACAGCAAAAUACAACUUGGACAUCCUGAUUAAACGCUCUAACUCCACCGCUGCUACCAACAAGGUUCCCGAGGUGACGGUGUUCUCCAAGUCUCCUGUGGUGCUGGGUCAGCCCAACACCCUCAUCUGUCUCGUGGACAACAUCUUCCCUCCUGUGGUCAACAUCACAUGGUUGGGCGACGGCCGCUCAGUCGCAGAAGGUGUUUCUGAGACCAGCUUCCUCUCCAAGAGUGACCAUUCAUUCCUCAAGAUCAGUUACCUCACCUUCCUCCCUUCUGCUGAUGACAUUUAUGACUGCAAGGUGGAGCACUGGGGCCUGGACGAGCCACUUCUGAAACACUGGGAACCUGAGAUUCCGGCCCCCAUGUCGGAGCUGACGGAGACUGUGGUGUGUGCCCUGGGCUUGGCUGUGGGCCUCGUGGGCAUCGUGGUGGGGACCGUCUUUAUCAUCCGAGGCCUGCGCUCAGGUGGUGCCUCCAGACAGCAAGGGCCCUUGUGAAUCGCGCCCUGGAAGAGGAGGUGCACUGUCCUCCGCGGGAGCGGAAGAGUGGAUGUGCUAGAUGAUCUGGUACUAUGCUCAUCGCCCUUCCUCUCUCCUCCAAACGCUUCUCCUCUCAUCUCUUCUCUGAGACUGGAGGUGCCGUGUCCACUCAGAGUUCGCAUGUACUUGGAAUUCUCCCCUGACCACCUGAAGUUUUUCUUCUCUCAGUUGUUACCUACUAUGGAAUGCCUGGAGUAUUCCAUCCAGCUACCUAAUCCCUCAGUGACGCUCAUCCAAUGUCUCCAUGGAAGCAAUAAAUUCCCCCUUCUGAGGUC